UCCACCUGGCUGGCCUCCACCACCAUAGAUAUGUCUACGUCCACCAUCAGAGCUUCGUCUACGUCCAGCACCCAACUGGUCUUUCUCCCUUUCCUCCUCCUCCUCAUCUUCGCCACAGUGGCGGGGAACAUGUUGGUGAUCAUGGCCGUGACGCGCACCCAUGGCCGUGGGCUGCGGACCACCACGGGCGUGCUGCUGACCUCGCUGGCGUGCGCGGACCUGGUGAUGGGCCUUCUGGUGCUCCCGCCGGGCGCCGGGCUGGUGGUGAGCGGCCGCUGGGCACUGGGCGAGCGCGCCUGCCGGCUCUGGACCGGCGUGGACGUGCUCUGCGUGACGGCCAGCAUCGGGACGCUGUGCGGCAUCGCCGUGGACCGUUACGUGGCCAUCACGCGGCCGCUGCGCUACGCCAGUCUCCUGGGCAAGCGCCGCGCGCGCCUGCUGGUCUGCGUGGUCUGGAGUGUGGCGGUGCUCAACGGGAUCCUCGUGGCCUGCGUGCUGGAGCCGCAGAGGUGGACGGCAACGAGGACGGACUGCUGUGAGUUCCGCAUCUCGCCCACGUACGCGCUCGUGUCCUCCAUCGUCUCUUUCUACCUGCCGCUCCUCAUCAUGGCGUUCGUCUACAGCCGCGUCUACACCAUCGCCCGCCACCAGCUCCGCGCCAUCGACCGGAACCGCCAGCGCUUCUUUCGGACUCAGAGCUCCGUCUGCAGCGAGCUGGAGUCCUGUGCCAGCCCGACCUCCGUCAGCCCCGCUACGUCCGCCCCACCUGUGGCCGUCGGGGGAGUGACGCCGGCACACAGUGCCCAGUCCAGCCGGGGCAGAGGUGCGCUGCGGAGACAGCUGCAGGCACUGCGCACCCUGGGCAUCAUCAUGGGCACAUUCACACUCUGCUGGCUGCCCUUCUUUGUGGCCAAUGUCAUCAGGCCAUUUCGUGUGGCACCCCAAGACCUCUUCACAGUGCUCAACUGGCUGGGCUACCUCAACUCUGCACUGAACCCCCUGAUCUACUGCCACAGCCCCGAGUACCGGCACGCCUUCAGGAAUCUGCUGCGGAUGCCCACCGUAGCCAGGCCCAGCAUGGACGGCCUCUACAAGGCCCUGCGCUCCAGCUGCCCCUGUGCCCCCCGCCCCGGGGCACGACCUGAG